AUGCAUGUCCGCGUCCGUCUCCAUCCCGACACCCUGUGUCCAAUGCUUACUAUGGUCAUCGGUCCUUUCGGCUACGAGGAUUGGAAUCCAGCUUUAGAAAAGAUCUGGCGAGAACAGCAAGCAAAAAUUCUCGACGAAACCCUCUCGAGGUCACUUUUUAUCAUGAGAGUUAAGGAUGCAGCUCUCCCCCGUGUCAUCGUCGAAUGGCCCGACCGCGGCUACCGUUAUGCUUUAUACGUAGAUAAUGGAAUUGCACAGUGGGUUUGGAUUAGCGACCAUCCUGGGAACCCUCCUGGAAUUCAACUUCACUCACACCACUUCACUGGCGGGGGACAGCUCGCGCCUAUCACCGACAAGACUUUACGAAUGAUCGAAGCAUUUGCGGCAAUAAAUGCUCCUCCUCUGGGUUGUCAUUACUUCCCCUGCCAAAACCAUGGGCACUGCGUAGUCAAUUUGUGGUUGAAAUUUAACAUUCACUCUGACUCGUCAGAGGCGAGAGAAUAUACGUCUUUGAAGGUAUGCGAUAAUGCGACUAUCAAAGACGUGUUCAGGAAGAUUUGUGGGGUCAAGGCGGCGGCUGAGAGAUUCUGUUUGAUGCCUAUCAAUUGGGUUGACGGGGUCCUCGUAAAGGGAAGCCCAGUUUCGUAUCAAAACGCCAUUGAUAAUGGGAUCAUAGUCAACGAUUUGGGAUGGGGCGAGGAGGUGUGGUUAUGGCCGUGUGCACCAAAGGACGAGCUCACGUCCUAUGACGGAUUUUGGCAAUUCGAAGAUCUAUUGGGGUUCCCGUUUUAUCCAGAGGUUCUUGAAAGGAGCGAAAAAACCGAUGACAGCGGGUACAGCAGCGACGAAUGGUGCAUGAUCAAAAUUGGCGAAGUUCCUAUGAACAAUGGCACCAUCACCUAG